UAUACGUAACAAACAUAAUAUUACAUGAUUUACAACCGGCAAAAAAUUUAUGCAAAAAUAAUUUGCAAUUAAUUAAAAAAACAAAUAUAUAAACCCAAUCAUGCCGGAAAUAGAAGAAAAACAAGACUUAAUAUCUGUGAUUAUUACGGUUUUAAAUGGUGGCCCUUGGAUAGAUAGUUGUAUGGAAUCGAUUAUUAAACAAACAGCUGUACAAACACAACAACAAUUGCAGACCUUAGAAAAAUUGCAUUUGGAUGAAGCGCAGAAUCCAUUUAUGUCAACCAUGACCAACUCACCAAAAACAACAGCAACAACUGCAACAACACCAACCCACAAUUUAGCAACAAGUCUAUUAGAUGAUAAUGAUGACGUAUUAAAACCCCUUAUAGAGGUUUGUGUCUUUGAUGAUUGCAGUAGUGAUGACACUCUUAAAUUACUGUAUAAAUGGCAGUUAAAUUUAAGAGAAAAUUUUAAUAUUGAUAUGCAUAUAGUAGAGAAUUUAACGGGUAAACCAAAAGGAGUGGGCUAUGGACGCAAUCGAGCCAUAGAGGCUGCCAAGGGCAAUUAUUUAUGUUUUCAAGAUAUCGAUGAUGAAAUGCUAACGUCGCGUAUUUGGAAACAAUAUAAUUUAGCGAAGCAAUAUAAAAAUGCGAUAAUUGGCUCCAAAUUUAUACGCACACCCAGUAAUUCAACCUGCCGUUUUACCCGCUGGGCUAACGAAUUAUCCCACGAUAAAUUAACUAUACAAAUUUAUACCUCUAAUGGUCCCACUAUUAUAAUGCCCACUUGGCUGUGUCAUCGUCAAGUUUAUGAACUUAUUAAAGGGGGAUUUUCCGAGCAAGGCAAAGGUUGCCCUGAGGAUUUAAUAUUCUUCUAUCAACAUUUAGAUAACCAGGGUGUAAUUAAACGUGUCGAAGAAUGUUUGCUAAAAUAUCGUUAUCAUGCGGAGGCCACUACUUUUAGUGUGGCUGCCAGAACCAUUUGGCAUAUAAGACUUAGCCACUUGCUGGAGAAUGUCUUAAGAAAACCGCCCUGGAGUAAGGGUUUCUCAAUUUGGAAUGCUGGGAAGCAGGGUAGAAAAUUCUUUAGGGAUUUGCCGCCGGAGGAGAAGAAAAAAGUUAAGACAUUUUGUGAUGUGGAUAAAAAUAAAAUCCAUAAAUUAUAUAAAUAUUAUGAUGCAGUUUUAAGGCAGAUUACCUUUUCUAUACCCAUAGUACAUUUUUCGGUGGUGGAGCCGCCAGUGGUGAUAUGCAUGAAAUUGGAUUUAACUAAUGGUGAUUUUGAAAUGAAUUUACAAAGUUUGCAAUUCGAAGAAGGAAAAGAUUAUAUUUUGUUUACAUAAAUCGAAAGUUUGGAGAGUUCACUAAACCAGAAGA